UAAAGCCAACACAAGAUACUAGAGGCCCCCAGACUAGCACAGCGUCAGGAGGGUGCGGCACUGUGGGCUCUGGGCCAGGGCGACCCUGCCUCUUCCUCAGUCUGGAGGAACCUGCCCUGACCCAGGAGGACCACAUCGGGCUCGCUGCGGAGCCUGUAUCCCAGCGGAAAGGAGACGUGGUCACAUGACAGACCGGGAGGAGCGCACGCUGCGAGCGUGCCCAGGGCUUGCUGUCUACGUGAAGCUCAACGCGUGAGCCGCGUGCGCGCACUGCAUGGGGUCACCGCACAGCGACAAGUGGUUUGCGCUCUGUGGGCGUUGGGGGCGAGGGGAGGGGAGGGGAGAGGCGGGAGCACGAGGUCUUCUGCGUCCUCCACAGGUCACUGGUGGCCUUCAGGGCCUUUAAAAUUAAAUGCCGAUUAUAUGAGAAAAAAUCCCCUGUCGAGCUCCUGCCUCGCCGCCCGCCCGCCCGGAACCGAAACACAGUGGCAGAGGCAGGACUUAGGGGGCCACAGCAAGACCCUGGCGAGGGCGGGGCUGGGAGCGGGAUGCGUGGCCACGUGCGGUCAGCGGGGACUCGCCAUGGGCGGCACCCACCACCCAGCUGUGGCCCCAGAGGCCGGAAGAUUAAUCGAUCAGCUGCCUGCGCCGUCAGGUCUGUUCCUGGAAAAAGGAAAAACUGUCCCGAGUCCUGCGGCCCGUCCUCCUGGCAGCGCACCCCUUCCUGCACCAGCAGUCUCUCCCGAGUGACCCACUCCCUGCAGCUUGCAAACCCCAAGACGCCAGCCUCUACAGCACCAGAGCCCCGCAUGCCGCCCCUCCCCAGCCACGGCUGCACGUCUCUGCGCCCCUCGGCACUCACGGAGCGGCAGUGCAGUCUUCCCUGGAGGUGCGCGCACCCACAAGGCACCUUCCUUGUGGUUCCUGGGGGCUGUUUCUUCCUCCAACGUGGCUCCUGCCCUGCCCAGGUGAAGGCUGUUUCCCUAGCAGCGCCUGGCUUCCUGGCGCUGCUCUGGCUGCUGUGGGCCCCGUGUCCUCCCAGUCUAGACGUCUUCCUCUGGGUGACCCUUAGGGUCUGGCAGGGCGAUGCAUGGGAAGAGACACCUUGGGGUGGAGGUCUCCGGAGGCCGGGGGUUGCCCCCUUGGGCCUCAGACACUGAGAGGGACAGGAGCUGAGAGCAGAGCGGGCACCAGGACUGGCGUUGGUGGGCGGGAGCAAGUGGGGGCAGAAUACCAGGCCCUGCCUGUCUCCCUCCAGUGCAGGUGGGUGCGCCCAGCACCCAGGGCAGAGGGGGCACAGCUCCGGGGCACAGACCAGUGGCGGUCCAUCCCCUGGUACCAUCCACACCUCCGCUGCUGUGCCAGCGUGCAGUUCUCGAAUCCGACUGUGCCGAGCGAACAUGCUCUUCCCCUCCACGUUGCUGUCUUGGUACCGCCGCCCACAUACAUGUUAGCUCGGUCCAAAAACUAAGCCUCAGAUUUCUCUGUUUUGAACACCCUCCCUCUAGCGCACCUGCAGUAUGUUGGCUCUGAACACGGCCUGACUUCCGUCGAGACCACUUCUGUCCUCGGCAGUCCACACAAGCAACUUGCCUUUUGAUUUCUCUCCCGACAGGGCACCUGGCAGCCUUCCUGCUCUCUUCCUAGGGAAGGGAAUAUGAGCAACUGUGUGCUGGUUGGGAAAGGAGAUGUUCUGUAUGUAAAGGGAAGUUUAAGCCUUCCGGAAAAGCCAUUUAUUAUAAAAGGAUA